AUGGUGCACCCCAACGUGAUCUGUGAUGGCUGCAAUGGGCCAGUGGUGGGGAAUCGCUUCAAAUGUACCAUCUGCCCUGACUACGACCUGUGCAACACCUGCGAGGCCAAAGGCCUUCACAAGGAGCAUAACAUGAUCCUCUUUCAGAAUCCCUUCAACCACCCUGAGUGGAAUUCUCGCAGACGUUGGCUUCAGAAGAUGAGACAUGGGCCGAAUUUCCCACCUUUUGGUGGAUGGAUGCCAGGCUGCUGGGGAUUCUUUCCUCCUGAUGCCCUGAAUCAGAUUGCUGCCCAGGCCCAAUCGAACAGGACUCCUCCUACUCCAGGAGCAGAACAAGCUAGUACCAGUUCACAACAGGACCCCAAUGUCACCUUCCUGCAGAAUGUAGGGGAAAGUGUGGCUGCUGCUCUUAGCCCUCUGGGUGACUCCGCAGAGGUGUACCAGCGGGAGUUCUUGGCCCUCCGCGACCGCCUGCACGCUGCGGAACAAGAGAGUCUGAAACGCUCCAAGGAGUUGAACCUGGUGCUGGAUGAGAUCAAGAGGGCCGUGUCAGAGAAGCAGGCCUUGCGGGACGUGGACGGCAACCGGACCUGGGGCCACCUGUCUGAGGACACGAAGCUGAAACUGUGGAACGUCACCCACAAGCAUGUGAUGCACCUCCCUACUGUCUUCCACCAUCUGCCUCACCUGCUGUCCAAGGAGAGCAGCCUCCAGCCGGCCCUGCACGUGGGCCAGGGCCGCACCGGAGUGUCCAUUGUGAUGGGCAUCCCGAGCGUCCGGCGGGAGGUGCACUCGUACCUGACUGACACACUGCACUCGCUCAUCUCGGAGCUGAACGCCCAGGAGAAGGAGGACACGGUCAUCGUGGUGCUGAUUGCCGAGACAGACGCCCAGUACACAAUGGGGGUGACGGAUAACAUCAAAGCCUUGUUCCCAACUGAAAUCCACUCUGGCCUCCUAGAAGUCAUCUCCCCUUCUCCACACUUCUAUCCUGACUUUUCUCGGCUGCGAGAGUCCUUCGGAGACCCCAAAGAAAGAGUCAGGUGGAGAACGAAGCAGAACCUGGACUACUGCUUCCUGAUGAUGUACGCCCAGGCCAAGGGCAUGUACUAUGUCCAGCUGGAGGACGACAUUGUGGCCAAACCCAACUACCUGAGCACCAUGAAGAAUUUUGCUCUGCAGCAGCCUUCGGAGGAAUGGAUGAUCCUGGAAUUCUCCCAGCUGGGUUUCAUUGGGAAGAUGUUCAAGUCUCUGGACCUGAGCCUGAUUGUGGAGUUUAUCCUCAUGUUCUACCGGGACAAGCCCAUCGACUGGCUUCUGGACCACAUCUUGUGGGUGAAGGUCUGCAACCCAGAGAAGGAUGCGAAGCACUGUGAUCGACAGAAGGCCAACCUUCGGAUCCGCUUCAAACCCUCGCUUUUCCAGCAUGUGGGCACCCACUCCUCCCUGGCUGGGAAGAUUCAAAAACUCAAGGACAAGGAUUUUGGUAAACAUGCCCUGAGAAAGGAGCACAUGAAUCCUCCCGCUGAGGUCAGCACUAGCCUCAAGACGUACCAGCAUUUCACCCUGGAGAAAGCCUACCUGCGCGAAGACUUCUUCUGGGCCUUCACGCCCACUGCUGGAGACUUCAUCCGCUUCAGAUUCUUCCAGCCCCUACGCCUUGAGCGGUUUUUCUUCCGAAGUGGGAACAUCGAGCACCCAGAGGACAAGCUGUUCAAUACCACAGUGGAGGUGCUGCCCUUCGACAACCCACAGUCGGACAAGGAGGCCCUGCAGGAGGGCCGAGGGGCCACACUCAGGUAUCCCAGGACCCCAGAUGGCUACCUCCAGAUCGGUUCUUUUUCCAAGGGUGUGGCUGAGGGUGAGGUGGACCCCGCCUUCGGGCCCCUGGAAGCCGUCCGCUUGUCCAUCCAGACAGACUCCCCGGUGUGGGUGAUCCUGAGUGAGAUUUUCCUGAAAAAGGCUGACUAAGCAUCGGAGGGUGGAGGGAGCGGAACUUUGAGGCUGCCCAGCCCUUCCCGCCCCAGUGUCUCCCCACACCCCGUGGGGAGCCUGUGCCUCGCUGCACGCCUGGCAGGGCACAAGAUCUGGAGGUGACAGGACCAAAGACAGCCCUGGGGGCAAAGGGGAGAAGUGGGGAGGUCUCCGGAGGGCCUCCCUUUCUCCAUGGCCUACGGUAAAGCGGAGCGGAGGCGCACGUGGGGCUGGGGGGAGUGAGGGGUCCCGGAGGGAGGACGAGCCCCGAGACCCCGAGGCCAUCCUUGGCCUUUGCUCAGCCCCACAUUCCCCACUCUGUCCACCAGCCUGAUGUGGGCAGGCCCCACAGGGGUCUCCAGCCUAGGGAGCGGGUGCUAUCUCCUCGGGCCAGGCCUGGCUGGGCCAGAAGGAUGGGGCCAUGGGACGGUGGGGGGCACCUACCCUUCACCCCUUCCUCAUGGUGGGGCCAAGGAGCUGGGGAUCAGGGUGCCGGGUCCCCCUGGCUGGGCUUCGGGGUCUCCCUUUGGGCUGAUAGAGGGCAGGGAUCCCAGGAGACAGGCCUUUCCGAAGGUGCUGCCCAGCCCUGGCCCCUGGCUGUGCGCUGGCGGAAUCAGGGGGGCCUCUCUGGGCUUAGGCGGCCGUACACUGGAAUGCAUCAUACUACUCUAA